UAUCUGGAACUUUCUCUAUCUCGAACAAAUUUUUUGGUCCCUCUAGAGUUCGAGAUAGAGAGAUUCCACUGUACUUUUUUUUACCCAAUAGUACCCUUUUGACUAUAAUUUAAGAAUUUUUUUUAAAGAAGUCAGAGUUAUCUCACAUUCUCAAAGGAGACGAUGGAAUGUAUGCAAAACUUUUAGAAUAUGAUCCGUCACCGCACACUCGCUUCAAAGCAGGGAACGUGAGUUAAUUCAGGGGAAUUUGACUAUUAAAUAAAUGGUAACCGAUUUUAAUUAGAACGAUAUAUAGCUUAUAUUUUAACUGCAACAUGACCAUGUAAAUUACAACUAGACGAAUCUCAAUUCUCAAUCGCAUAAAAUCGUAACGUACCUUGGUAGCUAGCUGGCUAUAAGUUAAUUCCGGACUAAUUUACGCCGGGCCUAAGUCAACGACAACCCUUAGUUAAAGCCAAUCUUAAGUUAAUGCCGGGCCUAAACUAAGGCUAAUUGCACUUGCUUAAGUCAACGCCUAACCAACUUCACCUGGAUAUAGAACUUGUAUCGAAAGCAAGGGAUUAAGUAUCCAUAAAAGUUUUUUCUUAAAAAUUGAUGAAUAAUAUAAACACAUUAUAUGAUACCUAUAAUCGCUCUUCAGUGAUGCAAUAAAUUUUUUCGCACGAUUAACUAUUACAUCGAAAGCAUUUAUGUGUGUUAACUGAAGUUGUAGCGUCAGAAAUGUCAGAAGAAUUUUAUGUGGAAUUUUGAGUGGGCUAUUAAUUGCGAUAAUUAAUAUUUAAGCAUUGCCUCAUGCAUCUUAACUGGUUUUAAUUGAUGCAGUAAAAAUUUGAAACGUCAGUUAAACGCGCGUGGUAAUGUGACAGUGCAGAAAUGCUCCUGUAUCAAUGGCAAGCGACAAUGCAACAUACUGUAACACGAACUCUCCUGCACGUAACAAAAUGAAAUAUAUUUACAUUCUCUUGUUAGCUGCUCAUCUAACCGUCACCGUAUAUACGGCACCGACGUUAACAGAUAGUCUUAGUAUAAACGAAAUACUAGAAAACCUACUCCCUAGCCAUAGAUCUGCACAACAAUCAUGCCAGGUGAUAUCAUUCAUGGAAGAAGUAGGUUUAUUUCACGGAUGCAAGUCUAAGAAAGUCAAGAAGACAGCUUGUUCGGGACUAUGUUCCACUGCGUUUGUACCCCGACAAAGGACGGGUUAUUUCGAGUGCUCAAUGUGUAGCCCAGUGGCGGAAGAGGAAUUUGUAGUGACUCUUGAUUGUGGGCUUGAAGAAAAACAGGUUCUUGUGAAGAAAGCGACUAAAUGCAGAUGUCGACCAUGUCAGAUUGAUAACAAAAUACCGACGCUCGCCCCUCCGCGCAAACUUCGAAGUAAGAAAAAGCAGCGGAAAAUCAAACGCAGAAAGCGAAAUCGGAAGAACAGGAAAAAGAACAGUAAAGGGAUUUUUAACUCUUUAAAAUUAAUUCGAGAAAAAUUGAGACGAAAAUACAGAAAGAGUAAGCGUAAAGGAAAAAACAGAAAAAGAAGAAAAAAUAGGAAGAAAAAAGAACAGAAAAAUAAAGAAAAGAAAAAUAAAAACAAGAAAAAUAAAGAAAAGAAAAAUAAAAACAAAAAAAAUAAAGAAAAGAAAAAGACAGUUAGUAAGAACAUUUCCUAUGCUGAACUUAUAUCAUACAUUUUUUUGUGACAUUGUGACAUGAAACCUUGAGAAAUACUAUAAAAUAAAAAGCGAAAAACAUUGUUUAAAAGAGCGCUGGUCAGCCAUAUUGUAUGUCACUAUAGCAACCAGAACAAAAAUACUAAUGCUGGACAGGAAAUUAUAUUGACAGUUAGUAUAUAUAUAUAUAUAUAUAUAUAUUAUUUAAAAAAAGAUAUAUAGCCUGUUGUAAAUAAUAGUGUAUAUAAAAUGUAUUUUUUCACAUAUGUACAAGCGA